GCGAGUCAUCUCGUGCAAGAAAUAUGUACUGCCGAGGUCCGCAGACUUGCAUCCGAAGACAGUGGAUCACACUUUGGGGCAUCGAGUGCAACCACCAAACAACUGGAGGACUUUAGUGUCGAAGACAUGGCACAGGAAAUGAUUCGUAGCGCACCGGAAUUGUGGGCAUUGCUUGGGGCAUUGCUUGGUGAAGGCGAGAAGUGUUCAUUGCCAGUGUCAGAUGAAGUAGAUGGAGAUGGAGAUGCAGUCAUGGGUGACUCACAGAGUUCUGAGGACGACGACAGUUAUUGGGAUCAAGUAGAAGCAGUAGAUCUCGAGGGCUUUAUCAAUGGACUCGCCUCAGAAAAUGUCUCCAAAAAAGAUAUACGUUCAUCACGUCAUUCUGCGAUUAUCAAGACCAAAAAGGUCGUCAUUAUCAGUAUCAUGAUGCAAAGCACCAGGCAGAAAUCAAACGCACUGCAAAGUAUCAUUGGAAUUUUCUUGCAGUCAGUGCACACGCCGCAGAAUGUCAUCGACACACUCGCACGGAUCGGAAUCUCGAUAUCUACCGAUGCAAUCAACGCUGCAGUCAAAUCCUUGUCGGUGGAGUCACAGAACACCAUACGAGAUCUAGGGCAAACCCUCCUCGCAUCAUAUGCAUACGAUAAUUUUGACGUCGACCUC